AUGUCGAGUCCUGAUAGUAAAGAGGGCAUAAAAAAUUCAUCAAAUAAUAUCUCUCAAACAGCAGCAAAUGGUUCUGUAUUAUCACACAAUAAGCAGGAGCCUCACUUCGAAGAUGACGAAGCCGAAAAGCGAAAAGCAUUUUCUAUAGUAGAGUUGUUGACUGAUUCUCGGCCAUCGUGUAGUACCCACAGGCGACGUUCAGCUACUGCCAUCUCUUCUAAAACAUCUAAUGAAAUCAAGGAAUUUUACGAACCCCCAAUGAAAAAAACUUUAAAAUGCGAGAGUUUUGAAAAUCUUCAUAACGUGCAACUCAAUGAUGCUUCGUUAUGUUUGCCUAAAAUAGAGAAAUCUUCAAAUUCUAACUCGCCUGAUGCCAUGAUUUUACGUAAUCACCAACAAUUCUCUCAAAAUCAAUACCAACAACAUAGAUUAAUUGGCAAACAAAAUCAUGACGAAGUGCCAACAAAUACAUUUCCAAUAACAACAUCAGCCUGGCAACAACAAUUAAAUUUGGUUGCCGCCUUUUUCAUUCAACAACAAUCACAACAGCAGGAAGUUGGAGGAACGGCAACUUUAGAUCAUAUGUUGGCUAGAGGUCGUGAAGCAGUGACAGCGGUUCCCUCUGUUGCUGGAAAAAACUAUCAAUUGGAAGGUAAUUAAAUAAUGAAUUUAACUUCUGAUAUUCUCUGUUUUUCCGAUCAAUUUUAUUAUCGAAAUUAUUUUAAUUUCCGAUAUAAUUUUUAAUAUGUAAUAGACGGAAGCACUCUAAACAUUAAAUAUAAAAUAUUCCCAUUUUUACACAUUCUUCUACUAUUUUUUCUUGUUUAUUUAUUGUACAUUUUCUUAUUAAUUUAUUGUAUUAUACCGCUUCCGCUUCUUUUUAAUCAUAAGUACUAUCUAGUUGUAUAUUUUUGUAACACUUCCCUUUCUCAUCACUAUAAUAUAAAUUUUGAGGUUUC